AUGUCCGUCCAAAGCGAAUACCAAGUCAAUACUCCUGGAUUUGGCUUGCAGCAAGGUUUACGUCUGAACGUCUGGUUGUCUGAACCUCAGCGGCUGCGUUCUAGCAAAGUUUUUAGGCCAAUCUGCGCAGGCUUAAGAAUGGAUUUGGUGUGUACAGCAAGGAUCGAAAAAGUAAUUGAGACGUGUGAUAUGGCCAACAAUCGUGUGAUUAAUCUUUAUAUUUCAAAUUUACAACAAGCUGCCGCAGUAGGAAAUGACACACUUGCUGAUAAAAUUCUUGCUUGUUUGAGCUCUCUUCAUCAUAUCUCGUGGCAAGUCAUCGAAACUUUAGUACAAGCUACGCUCUCCAAAUUCUAUCAUCAAUUACCUGAUAUUUACUUGGCUAAGUUAAUCAAAAUUGUCCGACAAUUGAUAGCGAAUAAUGCACACUUGAUGAAGUUAACAGCAAAAGAUGACAGCCGAAAUGUAGUCUACCAACAUGUUAAAGAUACUAGUGAUAAAAUUGGCAAACUAUUACUAGACCUGGAUGAUAAUCAAUCGGAUCUACCCCCUUUAUUAUUAUAUGCUGAAUUGCAAUUGCUUCAAUUAGAGAUUAACCAAUAUGGAGGCCACGAUCAAAAAUCAAGCAAUACAUUAGCAAAAGAUGUUCAUCAUCUUAAUAAUGAUUGCCGAAUGAUCCUUACCAAUAGAGAUGCUCAUUUUUUCGAUAAGAUAUGUCAAUCAUUAUGGAAUAAUCCAAUGAAAUUAGAUAAUCUCAUGUUUUAUGUCAUUAUUGAUAAUUUCGCUCAUAUCAUUAAAUCGAUCGAUAAUGAAGAUUUUAAAUCGUUAGUCUAUGCUGGUAAGUGUAGCAAUUUCAAUCAUCAUACAUUUGGCCUGAAAUGCUAUGCUGAUCUUAUCGUCAAACAACACAGCGAUGAACAAAAUUUAUUACUACCAUUAUGUAAAUUGAUCUAUGAAUUAUUAACACUUAUGGCACAUAUUAAACCUUAUGAAAAGGAAUUGAUUGACUAUGUUACUAAACUUCAAGCAUUAGCUGGUACAAAAUCCAUUAAUGAUAUGGUUAAGGCAAUAUUAGAUAGGUCAUUUAUUGUUAAUCGUUCACUAAAUUCUACCAGUAUGACCGAUUUGAAUAAUAUAGAUCGGUCUUGUGCUUCGUCGCCGCUACGCUUAUUAAACGAAAGUAGUCAUACAAUUCAACUAUUUCCAUCGCCUCCACCUUUACUCAUUGAUCGUCCACAAUUAAUUACAGCAAUAUCGAAAGCGUUGCAUAAUACUGGUCGAUGUGCAAUUAUCCCUCAAGAUGUGGCGAUACCUUACGGCAUUGGUAAGUCAACACUAGCAAUUCAAUAUGCUAUGAAGUAUAAGCAUGACUAUAACGUCAUUUACUGGCUACAAGCAGACAAUGAAUUAACAUUACAACAUGAUAUGAUUGCAUUAGCUAAAAGGAUUGUUUAUUCACAUGCUUUCAAUGACAAAGCUAUCACUAAACUUCGAAAUUUAUUAAAAUCUGAUUGUAAUUGUAUCGAGUUUAUCGAAGAUUUUAGAAAUUGUUGCGUGUCCAAGGUCAAAGCCGAUGAAGGUUAUGCCUCUAUUAUCAAAUGUUUAAUUCAAGAUGUUUUAGAAAAGGAUAUUUGUGGCUCAUGGUUAUUGAUUUACAAUCGAGUGAACGAUACUGAUAUGAUAGAAAAUUACAUUCCUAAAACGACUUCUCAUGGCCAUGCCAUAAUGGUUUCAUGCCGACGAAAUUGGAAAUCUAACGUACAAGUUGGUAUCUUCUCAACUGAACAAGCUGUCGAUUUUCUGCAAUCAUCAAUGCAACAAGUUGCUACGUAUAGCUGCAAUAAAAUUGCUGAAAAUUUACUUAAUGUACCUAUUGCGUUAACACUUACAACGGGUUAUGUACAAGCCAAGAAGACAACAAUGAUGGAUUAUACCAACUCUAUUUGUACAUCCUUAACUAAAUCAUGGAAUCCAGUAACAAGUAUUAAAAAAUUAUUAUUAACUAAAGCUAAUAAACGAUACGAGACCGUGAAAUAUAUCGUCUUGACAGCUUGGAAUUUAAAUUUAGAUGAGUUUAUCCAAGAAGUGCCACAAGCAAGUGAAAUUAUUGCAGUAGUUGGAUAUCUAUCAUUGGAAAAUGUUCCAAUCCAACUUGUGCAAGAUUAUUAUGAGUCCUAUCUACUUGAUCAAAAUACCCAUUGGGAUGUUGUUAUGAUUAUAAUGCAACAAUACAAGUUAGUGACCAGAAUUAAAAAUAAUUGUUGGUCAAUCCAUCCGUGGUUUCAAUUGUUUGUAAGAGAAAAAGCGCAUCAAGAAAGCAAAAGUGAAACAAUUUUACUACGAUUAUUGCAAUUAUUUAAUCAAAAAUUAAAUUUUUAUAGCGAUAACUAUGAAAAGAGUAAAGAAAUUAAAUCGUUCGCCAAGUAUGCCAUGAAUUGUUUAAAGUAUAGUUGCCAAUAUGAUGCUUUAAUAGAUAUAAGGAUUGAAGUAGUUGUUAAAAUAUGUCGUCUAUUUUAUGAAUUUAAAGAGUACAAAAAUACAAAAAUGUUCAUCCAUUUAGCUAAUACAGCUAAAUUGCUAGAAUUGAAACAACUCAAUAAUGCAUCCCAUCGUAAUAUUUCAAAUAGGUGCUUAAUAGGUUAUUGCAAACUAUGUAGAAUUGCUAGCAAGGUUGAAUUUAUGCUAGGUAACAUGAAGGAUGCUAUUAAUAUCUUAGCCGCAGCAUUAGGAAUGAUUAGCAAAGAUAGUAAUGAUAACCAUGAUAUCGAUGUUCAAAACCUUCAGGUUUACUUAUUUUACGACAUGGGCGUUAUUAACACUUUACUUGAAAAUUACGACAUUGCAGAAAAGAAUUUCCAUCAAGCUAUGGAAACUGACGAUUUGUUUUCAACGACACCGCUACGAGCUGCAGAUAUUUCUUACCAAUUGGGAAUUGUAUAUGGAUUGAAUAAUAAAUUUAAGAAGAGUGUUUCUUACCUACGGUAUAGUCUCAAUCUUGAUGAAGAAGAAUUUGGACCAAUGCAUUGUCAUGUUGCUAUGGAUCAUUUAGAGCUCGGUCGAAGUAUGACUUUACAAGGAAAACUACAGCAAGCCUUAGAUCAUCAUAAACAAGUGUUGCUAAUAAUUACCCAAGAAUGGAAAGCUACUAGUAACUGCAUUUUAACUUUAAUUGCAGCACAUGUUGAAAGCAGUCGAGUUAAUAGUAUGUUACAUCAUUAUUCUAAAUCAUUGAUACAUCUUAAAGAAGCAUUGAAGCUAAGUAUUGAUCACUUUGGUCAACGAAAUUUAUUUAUAGCUUCUAUUUAUUAUCAUCUUGGUAAAGUAUAUAGACAAAUGAAAGAUUUACAACAAUCAUUACAUGCUUUAGAGCUAGCUCUUGAAAUACGAAGCCAAGAAUUGGAUUACUAUAAUGUUACAAUGGCCGAAACUUAUUAUCAACUUGGUUUAACAACUUUCGAUCUUGGUAUGAACGAACAGGCUUUGAAUUAUCAUCAAAAAUCACUUGGUAUAGCAGAGAAUGCACUAAGCGAUGAUAAUUUGUUAAUAUCGGAUUAUUGUUUAAAAAUUGGUCAAUUAAUCAUUUUAAGGGGAGAAUAUAAAGAAGCAAUUGAUAUUCUGGAGCGAGCGUUGAGUAUUCGACAAAAUCAUACUAAAGAUUCUGAUAAAUCACACACUGCUGCAAUAUGUUAUGAAAUAGGCAUAGCAUUGAAGGAACAACAUCAAUAUGAAGAUGCUAUGGAUUAUUUAAAAAAAUCUUGUGAUAUGGAUAUAUCAAGCCAUGAUUAUUUCGAUAUAGUGAAAACUUAUGAAGCUAUUGCCUCAAUUAAUUCUCUACGACAUCAAUAUAAUGACUCAAUAAGUUAUCACCAAAAAAGCUUACAAAUUUCUAUUAAGAGAUAUGGUGACGAUAGUCUCAAUUUGUGCCCAAUUUAUGAUAAUAUAGGCCAUAAUUAUGUAUGUCUAAAUAAUUUUUGUAAUGCUAUGGAAAAUUAUGAAAUUUCACUCCAAAUCAAACUAGAUUGUCAGGAAGAUGAUCUCCUUCAAGUUGCGCAAAGCUAUUAUAAUUGUUGGGUAGUCUCACGUAAACAGUUUAAACACGAUCAAGCCGUACAUUAUAUUGAAAGCUGUCUUAGAUGUCGUUCGAAAGUAUUAGAUCCAGGUCAUACAUUAUUGGCUUUGACAUAUCAUGAUAUUGGGUUGACUAUGAGAGAUUUAAAACGUUACAAACAAGCACUACGAUAUUUUACGGAUGCUUUGGAUAUAUCAAUAAAUUGUAUAGAUGGUGAUAGAUCACAGGUUGCAAUGUGUUAUCGCGAAAUUGGUGCGACUUGGCUCGAACAAGGUUAUAAUAAAAUGGCUUUAGAGUACUUAGAAUUAGCUAUAAACAUUUGGCAAGAUGAUGCGAUUGACGAUUAUACGUCUAAUUAUAUAUUAACGGCAAAAUUAAUUGGUCAAGUGUACUUAAAUAUGGCAAAGAAAGCAUUAUUCCAUCGUCAGUAUUACCUUGUCACUACAAAGAUUGAGUUAUGCGAAAGGCAAUUAGAUAAAGUGCAUACCUUUCUUGGUAGUAAUCGUCAUAAAGAAAUAGAAUAUAGAAAAAGUAUGGAAAAUGUACUCCUACAAUGCCAGUUCCUAAAACGAAAGAUUUGGAUACAAUUUAUUCGUGACCUUCUCAUAUUAGUAAUCCUUGUUUACGGUAUAAAAGUGAUACUAUAUUUUAGAAAUGAUUAUGUUGCUCAUUAA